AUGGGACGUCAAAAAACAAGAAAGGCCCUCUCCUAUUUCUUCUUUGGAAAGCACUCAAAGAAGGGUCGUAAUUCUGGUGGCUCCAGUCACACCUCUCAUCCUCUACCACCCUCCCAAAUCUCUCUUCCUCAUUCAUCUGUUCAACAGACUUCCUUGUCGACAAAGCCGCGUAUCGAUUCUUUGCCACCGCCCCACCCCUCCACCAUGGCUGAUGUCUCCUCGGAAUGUUCAUCCUAA